AAGUUGCUGAAUCCCUUCAAUGCCUUCUUCCCCAGGGUCCACUAUCCUCCCCCACUGAAUCAGCGCGAGUCUCAACGACUACUCAAUGCAUUGACCACCUCCUUCCGCAAGAACCUCGACAAGGAGCAUGGCGACUGGCCUGAGAACAAGUCGUCAACUCCGACCUCCUCUUUCACCACUGCCGUACCCGACCAGACCUCGGACGUCUUGACCUCUCAGACUACCCACAACCUGCAUCGUUUUCCGACCGACCGCCAUGUACGCGCCGUCCUCUCCAACCCCCUCUUCAGCUAUGAUCCCUCUAAGGUUACCGCCAUGUCACCCGCCGAGCGGGACCCUAUGGACGUUUUCGACCAGGCUGUCUCAAAGGGCCUGAUGAAUCUAAAGCGUGCUGCUGGUGUCUUGAUUGCCAAGCGCGAUGCCAUCGCUCAGUCGUCCUCUAUUUCCGUCAAUGAGUCUAUGGCGGCUUCCGGCACCGCCCUUCGUGUUCUCCAAUGGCUCCGCUCGUCUGGCUUCGAACGAGACCUGUCGUUCCUCAAGUUCAAACCCCUGGUUAGAAACCUGAUCCCGUUCAUGGUCGAGGAGGGCCUCGAGGAGGUUGGUUGGACCUGGCUGGAUCGGUACAUGCGCGGUCAGGGGCCCGCCUUUUCCUCUCCGCAGGACAUCAUGAUUGCUUCGCACCUGCUCUGUGCCCUGGUUCGGACUAAGCUCACCCCGGGCGCCCCUCUAAACAGUGGCUACGCAUCCAUCAUACGGGCGGGCGACAUGUUCCGCGAGAACCAGCUCUUUGAGGAAACCGCUCUAUACUCCUGGAGGGCCCUGUGCUUGAGGUCUACCAUCUUCGCCUGGCAGAGCGUGCGGCCCUCGGAAGCCCUCUUUGAUGCCUUUGCCGCCAUGAGCGAGCAGCUGCGGAGGCUGACCAGAACUGUUCAGAUCGACAGAGCGCAUCUCGAUAUCCACCAUCCCACCCACCCUGACGCCACUCUUGCACUUAAGAUCCUCAAGUCAACUAUGGUC